CCCAUUUCUUAAUAUAAGAAGACAUCGUGUGGUUGUGAUACUUUUCAUAGUUUCACAACCCACUUUAAAAAAAAGUGAAAUAACUAUACAAAAAUACCAAAAAAAUACAAAAAACCUUAACAAAACCCAAAAAAAAAUCGAAAAACUUCUGAAAACGGAAUAUAAUCAAUGCUAGCUAACCUUAUUUCUGUUUCAUAUGUUGAGUAUUACUGAGCCUCGGUUCUAAGCGUUAAACGUGUGUGAAAACAGUGAAGUGGAAAAUAACGUAAAGCAAAAUGAAUUCGGCGGCACCCAAUUAUCCCAUGGCGUCCCUGUACGUCGGGGACUUGCAUUCGGACAUCACCGAGGCGAUGCUGUUUGAGAAGUUUUCAGGAGCAGGGCCCGUGCUCUCCAUCCGCGUCUGCAGAGACAUGAUUACGCGUCGCUCGUUGGGCUACGCGUACGUCAACUUCCAGCAGCCAGCUGAUGCGGAGCGCGCGCUGGACACGAUGAACUUCGACUUGCUCAAGGGCAGACCCAUCCGCAUCAUGUGGUCGCAGCGCGACCCUUCGUUGCGCAAGUCUGGCGUGGGCAACGUGUUCAUCAAGAACUUGGACAAGAGUAUUGAUAACAAGGCCAUGUACGAUACAUUCUCGGCGUUCGGCAGUAUCCUGAGUUGCAAGGUCGCUCAGGAUGAGAACGGCGCCUCCAAAGGCUACGGUUUCGUCCACUUCGAAACCGAAGAGUCGGCGAACAAGUCCAUUGAGAAAGUCAAUGGCAUGCUGUUGAACAGCAAGAAAGUCUACGUCGGCCGCUUCAUUCCGCGCAAGGAGCGCGAGAAGGAGCUGGGAGAGAAGGCCAAGUUGUUCACGAAUGUGUACAUCAAAAACUUCGGCGAGGAGUUCACCGACGAGCAGCUGCGUGGUAUGUUUGAGAAGUAUGGACCUAUCACGAGCUACAGGAUUAUGAGCAAGGACGACGGCAAAUCGAAAGGCUUCGGCUUCGUUGCCUUCGAGGACCCCGAUGCGGCUGAGUCCGCUGUAAACGAACUCAACGGUAAGGAGUUCGUCGAAGGAAAGCCGAUGUACGUCGGACGCGCACAGAAGAAGGCAGAGCGUCAGAUGGAGUUGAAACGUCGCUUCGAGCAGUUGAAGAUUGAACGUCUCAACCGCUACCAGGGCGUUAACUUGUACGUCAAGAACUUGGAUGAUACCAUCGAUGAUGAGCGUCUGCGCAAGGAAUUUGCCUUGUUUGGUACAAUCACUUCCGCAAAGGUGAUGAUGGAGGAAGGUCGCAGCAAGGGCUUCGGGUUCGUAUGCUUCUCUUCACCUGAGGAGGCUACCAAAGCUGUUACCGAGAUGAACGGUCGUAUUGUCGGUUCUAAACCGUUGUAUGUUGCGCUUGCACAGCGCAAGGAAGACCGCAAGGCGCAUUUGACCUCGCAGUAUAUGCAGCGUUUGGCCAACAUCCGCAUGCACCAGAUGGGCACCGCCUAUAUCCAACCGAGCAACGCCGCCGGCUACAUUGUGCCCACGUUGCACCCGCAACAGCGUUUCUAUGGCACCACCCAGAUGGCCCCCCUCCGCGCAACCACUCGCUGGCCGGCCCAGAACCAAGUGCGCCCCGGCGCCCAGGGUGGCACCAACGCCUACGCCGGCAUGCAAGGCUCCUACCGGCCACCGCCGCGCGCGGCUAAUCAGUCCGGAGCAAUGAGGGGUAAUAUGAGUGUUCCCAGACCUAUAACCGGCCAACAGCCCGCUAACUUACAAGCACGACCACUUACAGGCCAAGGCAUUUCCGCCGGCUCCACCCGCCCGGGCAACUUUAAGUACACGGCGAACAUGCGCAAUCCGCCACAGGCCGCUGCCUUGCCAGGUGCUCAGCCCGUUCAGCAGCAAGCCGUGCACAUCCAGGGCCAGGAGCCGCUCACCGCCUCCAUGCUGGCUGCCGCGCCGCCACCAGAGCAGAAACAGAUGCUGGGCGAGCGCCUCUUCCCGCUGAUCUAUCGCAUGUAUCCGGAUCUGGCUGGUAAGAUCACCGGCAUGUUGCUCGAGAUUGACAACUCGGAGCUGUUGCACAUGCUGGAGCAUAGCGAGUCGCUCAAGUCCAAGGUGGAGGAGGCCGUUGCUGUGCUGCAGGCCCACCAGGCCAAGCAGGCUGCUACGCUGACUAAGAAGGAAUAAAGAGAUGAUUGAAAUGCGAAACGAUGCGACCAUGCGCGUGAUUGGGGGCUCGACGAAAGAGUUGCACCAAGAACUAAAACCAACCAACCUCUCGCUCCAUAAUAUGCACGUUAUUAACGUCUUCUCUGCUAAUCACCGCUAGCGUCUGCUCCGCUUCGACUAAUUCACCGUCUUGUCUGCGUUCGCUUCCGAUUCGUUCUAACAUUCUCUCCCUCCGCAUAUCAUCCUGCGCCGUCAGUCAGACGUGCAACUUCCCGCUUACAAUUUUCCAAGACAAAACACAAAAUAACAAAAAAUGCAAGAUACUACGUUAAUCGCAACUGGUAACAAAAGAAAAAAAUGAGAAAAAGUUUUCAUAUAAAAAUAAAAAAUCGAAGACAAACACACCAUCGCCACGCGCACGGCGCCAGCCGCGCGUGGUACGCCUGAAACUGAAAGGUAUUCGCUACCACAAGUGAAAAAUAAUUAAAAACAAACAAAUAAAAAAAAAACGAAAAACUUAACUUACGGGAUAUAAUGAAGUUUUGAUGUUUUAUUCGUUCGAAGGAUUCAAGUAAAUUUAAACGCGCAUCUAUUCGUCGUAGUUGGUUUAAUUUCGAAAAGAGGAGAUUGUAUCGAGUUUUCAUUGGUUUUCUUUAAUCGUAGGAUUUUUUGUUCAAUUAUAUCCCAAUAAAAAAAAUGUAACUAUGUACGCAUCCGUAUUGUGCAUGAGUGCGUGGGUCAAGUACACUUUUGUAAGCAAACGUACCCUCAUACUUGGCUAUAAAAUUUAAUAUCAAUUAUCGAUAUGAUAACUUGAGUGAAAUUCUUAUUGGGUAUAAGGAAUAAUACGUUCGUAUUUGAUAAGUUGUAAACGAUUGGGUUAAAUAAAGGAAUUCAAAUAAAUAAA